GGAAUAUUCGAUUGUAACCUCCUAGAUUGUCUCAUGGUUAUAACUGACUAAUGUUUUUCAUUUGUGACAAAUUGAAUAGUGAAGUGAAUUUGACAUUUGAAAUUUGUGAUUUUAGCCUGAUUUUGGGUGCCAGAAUAGAAAAGUCUGCGUUUUAAGUUGACUGAAUCUAUGGCAGAUUUAUUUGAUAUAGCAAAUUUAAUAACCCAUGUAGGUGUAGAUGCAGUCAAAAUAAAGCCAGAGCCUGGACUGCCAGAGAAGUCAUCGAAUGAAAUUCUAACAGAACUUUUUAGUACUUUUGAUGCCGAUGAGGGGAUUGUUUCACCAGAGAGUGAUGGCGAGCCAACAGAAACAGCACUUUGUAGUAAGGUGAAAAAAGAGAAGCCAGAUAAGCAAAAAAAAAAGAAAACAAAAAAGAAACAUAAGCACAAAGAUAAGAAACAUAAGAAGAAAGGGAAAAAGAAUUCCUCCGAAAGCGAAAGCAAUGACACUGAAGAUGUUUCAGGAAUCAAGAAGCGAAAGAAACAUAAGAAGAAGUCCAAACGUCAGCCGGGAUCAACUUCUAGUAGGUCCUCUGAAUCGGAGGAGCAUAAUUCCAAAGUACAAAAAUUAGAUGCAAGCAUUGAUGAUAUCGGAGAAAGCUUCAAUAUUGGAAAUAAAGACAGGGAGGAUAGUUUUGACAUUGCCCUUAGAAAAGAAUCUGAAGAAACAGUUUUCGAAAUUGAGCGGAAUCUAUCAGUUAAAAAAGAGCCAGACUCACCAAAGAUUCCACUGGAAAAAAAAAUUGCUGUAAUCCCUGCAUAUCCACAAUUGCCUUUUAUCGAUAGCAGAGUAACAGAUGAUGCUUCGGAAGACGUCAUCUCAAAAUUUCUUGAAACUCCAAAGCCUGUAGCUCCAGGGAGAAUACUAAUCAAAGAUUUAAAGCACAGUGUAGUGUACAGCAAAGUUGUCAAGGAGGUUGAGAAUAAGGCAAAAGAAAAGGCGGCGCGCAUGGAAGAUGGAGAGUUGUCGGAUAGUAGUGGAAAUAAUAGAACGCCGACAUUGAGUCCAAGUCCAUCACGAAUUCACAGACAUGGGGCAUCCUCAAUAAGUCCAGAGUCAAAUAGAUCAAAUAUCAGGACACCCAGUCCGAUAUUAAGAACGCAGCAACACGAAAAAAUACCUAGAGAUGAUCUGCGAAUGAUUUUAAAGGAAAAGGAGAAAAAGAGAUUAGAGGAAUUAAAAAAAUCCAAGAUCAGAAAUGGCAAAAAUCAUCACAGAAGUAACAGAGAGCACAGGGAUCAAGUUCGAAAAAAUACAAAUGACAAAGACUACGAUGACAAAUAUAGCCGGAGAAGCGAAUCUCGUGACAGAAGAAGAUCUAAGUCAAAAACGCAUUCCAGAUCUCAACGUAGCAGAAGUAAUGGUCAGGACAUAUCUCGGGAAAGAAGUAGAGACAGGAAGGAGAGGGAGAGGAGUAGAGACAGAUGGGAAAGAGAGCAAGGCAGAGAUCAACGAAAAGUUACCAGAGAUGGAGAGAAGGAUAGAUAUAGAAGCAGGAGUCGAGAAAGAAGUAGGGACAGACGAAAUAAUCGCGGGCGCACUAGAAGUAAAGAAAGAAAAGAGAGAAUAGAAAUCGAUAAGAAGAAACUUUUAGAGAUUGCAAGAAAGAAUGCUAUAAACAUGAUCCAGCAAGGCACGCUUCCAUUGGCACAACAAGAUAAAGCCAUUGCAGCCAUACAGGCAGGGGGCAAGAGUGUUGACGAGCUUACAGAUUUCUGCAAAUCUCUUUCAAGAUCUGAAGCCUUGGGAGAACUUUCUAGUAUUUCAUCAGAUGACGAUGGUAGUGGUUCUGAAAAAGGCUUUCACCAUCCAUUUCUCGUCAAGGAUAGACCGAACUCCAUUAUUAUGAAUAUUCGGGAUGCUAAACAAUUGCCAACAAAAACAUUCCAAGAAAAGACAGCGGAAUCCUCAAACCAACUACGGCUACAGUUCCCAGUAUCCAGUGGGCAGCACCAUAGAAAAACCGAGAAUGAAUGGGUGCCUGUAAAUCCUAAGGAACCUGAACCAAAGAAGACAUCUGUCCCACCUGUAAUCCCCCGGGCACCUCUUGCAAUAAUGCCACCACCUGCGCCUAUAUCUCAGCCUGUUCACGUACCUGUGCCUGUCGCUGCGCCUAAGCCUGCCACUGUACCUGUUCCUGCACCUCAGGUGCCUGUAUUCACAUCUGCUCCAUCGUUGGAGAAUGUCGACAUUGGCUGCAUUGUAUCUCAAAGAUUGGCAGCAAUGCGAAAACUCAGAGAAAAUCCAAACGACGUACAAGCAUUGAGUGAAAUGUACAGAGCUCAAAGCGGGAUGAAAACAUGGGCUGAAAGUAAACAGAUGCCGGGUCAGUUCACUGGCAGCACUGGAGUAAAAGUGCUCUCAGCCUCUGAACUAGCUGCAGGCUAUCAAGCGUGGGCCCGCAAGGAUCAAUUGUUAACUGCGCAACCCGUUUCUGGUGGAAUGGGGAUGGCGUUACUGCAAAAAAUGGGAUGGCGACCAGGAGAAGGUCUUGGUAAAAACAAGGAAGGUACUUUAGUGCCAUUACAACUAGAAGUAAAACUUGACAAACGGGGACUAAUCUCUGAUCAAGAUGUUGGAACGCGAAUUGGAAAAACAGCUAAGCCGGUUGUUCCGACAAUCAAGACUCUUGAAGGAAAACAUCCAGUUUCGUUACUAGGCGAAUAUUGCUCGAAGAGAAAGUUUGAAGCUCCUGUCUACGAAUUGUGUUUUGAAUGUGGGCCGGAUCAUAGAAAGAACUUUUUGUUCAAGGUCAAAGUUAAUGGAAUAGAAUACAAACCCAGCGUUGCCAGUCCAAAUAAGAAGCAGGCAAAAGCGGAGGCAGCUCAAAUAUGUUUACAGACCAUAGGACUGCUGACGACGUGAUUUACAGUCUAUUGCUUCAUCAUUACUUACACAGUGGUGUAUAAUGUAUAUAAAACCAGGAGUCCUCCACAGCGGAAGUAGAGGUUACAGGUUACCGACUAAUUUUCCCGCUCAAACGUCAUUUGCUGCUAGUGAUUUGCGCCGUUUAGUGGAAUCCCACAUUUCUUUUACUAAGCUGUUUUCAUGAUUGAAAAUUGAAG